AUGGCUGCUCUUGCUGCGCUGCUUCCUAAACCUGUUUAUGAGACUGUUAUCUCUGACGAUGAGGAGGACAUCGUUCGGCCGUCUGCUCCAGCACAGCAACAGAUAAUCUCUACACGCAUUCCCGUUCCACCGUACGGUCAGCGUAGAGGAUGGAAGCCAACUAGACCGGAAGAUUACGGCGAUGGUGGUGCGUAUCCGGAGUGUCAUGUAGCGCAAUAUCCAUUGGAGAUGGGUCGGAAGAAAGCUUCUUCAGGGAACACAUUAGCCUUGCAGGUCGACAGCGAAGGCAAUAUCCGUUACGAUGCGAUUGCUCAUCAAGGGCAGCGACCCGACAAACUCAUUCAAUCUCAAUUCAAAGACCUUGUCCCUCUUCUCCACCGCAAAGACCUCGAGGACUCUGAUCGCUUAAUGGAACGUCCAUCUGAAGAGGAAGUCCAAGCGACCGCCGACAAGACGCGCGCGGCGCUUGAAAAGCUCGUCAAUGGAAAAAUCAAAGCCGCACAACCGAAAAACGUUCCAGAUAGUCAAGGGAAGACAUCGUUCAUUCGUUAUACGCCGGGGCAACAAAAUGGUGAUGGCUUGAAACAGCGGAUAAUAAAGAUGUCAGAAAUUGUGGAAGAUCCUUUAGAGCCGCCCCGAUUCAAGCAUAAGAAGAUUCCAAGAGGUCCCCCAAGUCCCCCUCCUCCUGUACUAAGGAGUCCUCCCAGGAAGGCCACCGCUGCCGAGCAAAAGGAGUGGAUGAUACCACCAUGCAUCUCGAACUGGAAGAACAACAAAGGUUUUACCAUUCCGCUGGAUAAGCGAUUAGCUGCGGACGGCCGAGGUUUACAAGAUGUUCAUAUUAACGACAAUUUCGCCAAGUUUUCAGAAGCGUUGUUUGUUGCGGACCGACAUGCGCGCGAGGAAGUCCGGCAACGGUCACUUAUGCAACAGAAACUGAUGCAAAAGGAGAAGGCUUCCAAGGAAGAGAACUUGCGCAUGCUCGCGCAACGCGCCCGAGAGGAACGUGGCGGCGUCGCUCCCAAACCAACCGCUCAGGGUCAGGCUGCUAUGAAAGCAUCUUUGGCCAACUAUGGAAGUGACAGUGACAGCGAUUCCGACUCUAAUGACAGCGCUGAAGAUGAGGACGCUCGAAGAAUACGUGACGAGAUGCGGCAAGAAAAGAGACGUGAGCGGGAGCGGGAGAUGAGGAUGAACAACAUGGGUGCAGAGCAACGCGCGAAGCAGCUUGCUCGUCAACAGAAUCGGGAUAUAUCAGAGAAAGUCGCACUCGGUCUUGCGAAGCCAACAUUGUCCAAAGAGUCUAUGCUGGAUUCGCGGUUAUUCAACCAAGAAUCUUUAUCCGGAAGCUUCGCUGACGAUGACACGUACAAUCUCUAUGACAAGCCUCUGUUCCACGGCUCUACUGCGGCUGCGGCGAUAUACAAAGCUCGGGGCAAUAUUUCGGAGGGCAAUGAUGAUUCGUUCGGUGGUGGUACCGAUGAGGGUAUUGGGAAGGCGUUGGACAAUGAUCGGUUUGGUCUGGGUCAAGUGCGGGUUGGGUUCGAAGGUGCGAACGAGCAAGAAGUUCGGGAAGGCCCAGUGCAGUUCGAGAAGGACACUGGUGAUGUGUUUGGUCUCAACCAGUUCUUGGAUGAAGCGAAGACUGGCAAAAAGAGAGGGCUGGAUACUGUCGCUGGCGGGUCUAGAAAACGACAACAGCUGGAGAAAGUUUCGGAGAGGGAGUAACUGUAUUUUUGACCUAAUGUAGUUUUAGUUUUUGCUAUUAGUACUUUUAUUCUCUUUUGCACGCUGCAUUUGUUUUACCAGGGAUACAUCUCGUCCGAGUGCAUGCGUCCAGACAUGGAUUUGAAGGGUUUGCAUUUGCUGCCUUGUCAUAUCGUAGACUCGAGCCAUUGCUCACUUCGAUAUCAGUAGAUGACAUUCGCCUGUUCGAGUUGAUUAAUUUUCAUCAGCUGACGGUGAGACC